CACUGCAUCCGCACUCGCUGCUCCCGCCGGGAACCGCUCCCCGCGGGCCUUAGAAAACACAUGGAUUCACAAGAGGAAAAACAAGCUCAGCCCUUUACAGACAUCUUUGAUGAAGAUGAAGCUGAAAGAUCUUUUCUGUUGUCCAAGCCCACUUGCUUAAUUGUCUUUGGAAAGCCAGGUUCUGGAAAGAAAACGUUAGCUAGCAAACUAGCACAGAGAUGGAACUGCAUUUUCAUAGAAGCCUCAGAAGUAAUUAAAACGAAUAUUCAACAAAGAUCAGAAUAUGGACUUCAGUGUCAAAAAUUGCUUUGUGAAGGGCAGAGUAUUCCUGAGGAAUUGGUGACAAAAAUGAUUCUGCAAAUGAUUGAGUCACCAGAAGUUGCUCAUUAUGGUUAUGUUCUUACUGGAUUUCCUUCUCUCUCGGAGGAAUACUUGACUAUUCCACAACAAAUAGAGAAAAUAAGGAAUCUAAAAUUAAAACCGGAUUUCCUGAUUACCAUUAAGUGUCCAGAUCAUGAGUUAUGCCAAAGAAUAUCAGGACAAAGGCAAAACCCUGAUUCAGGGGUGAUAUAUCAGAGGAGCCAGUGGGAUCCUAAAGUUACUGACAAGCGUAAGAAAGAGAAAGAUCGGGAUGAAGAAGAGGAAGAAGAAGAAGAAGAAGAAGAAGAAGAAGAAGAAGAAGAAGAGCAGGAUGAAGAAGAAGGAGAAAAAGAUGAGACUGGAGAAGGUCGACGUAAAAAAAAAGAACCUUUUUAUCAACUAGUGCAGAGGCCUGAAGAUUUUCUUGAAAAUGCAGAGAAAAGAAUUGGAAUAUACAAGGAUAUAAUACGUCCUCAUUUAGAAGGAUUGUUGGCUUGCCAGGAUUGUCGAUGUCUUAUUGAAGUGGAUGGAAGUCAGGAACCAGAUCAUGUCUUGGAGACAGUGGUAGGCCGACUUGAGUCUAUGGAAGUUCAAAAUGCAGCUCCUGUAGUCAGACUCCAAAGUGAACAAGAAGAAGAAACGCUGGAGGGAAAGCAAAACGAUGAACUUCUCCGGGCUCUGUCAUCUUACAAACUGAUAGCACCCAGAUACCGAUGGCGUAGGAGCAGGUGGGGACAAGUGUGUCCCGUGGCUCUAAAGGAGGGGGACAUUGUAAUGGGAAACCCAGAGUUUGCUGUCAGUUUUCUAGGUAAAAUGUACGUACUGUCAUGCCAAGAGGCAUUGAACAAAUUUGUGUUGAAUCCACGGCCUUACCUCUUACCUCCAAUGCCAGUUCCUCCUUGUAAAGUGUUCGUAUUUGGUCCUCCAUUCUCUGGAAGAACAACUAUUUGUAAUGAAAUUGCACAGAAUUAUAAAGGAAAGGUUCUUGAUAUGGACAUACUCAUUCAACAAUAUAAAGAAUCAAGAGAGAAACACACUGAGGAAUUGCGAAAGGAUGCAGUAGAAAAGGCUAUAGAGGCAGUGAAAAAUAGAUUGGAAUCAGAAGAACAAUCAGAAGAAUCAGGGAUACCAGAGAUAACUGCUGACCACCCAGAAGUUCAAGCCAUGGUAGAAGGAGCCAUGAAAAGCAUGUCGUUCUCUGACGAUACAAUGUUAUCUCAAAUGUACGCUGAAGCACUGGAGGAAGCUAUUGCAGGGCUUAUGAAGACUAACAAAGACAGGUUUCCUGGUGCUUCAGAAAGAGGAGGGUGGGUAGUGGAUAACUACCCUCUGUCAGAAGACCACUGGUCAGCCUUAUUAGCGAAAGGACUCCUACCUGACACGAUUGUCUGUCUGAAGGAUACACAAAAAGAUGGAGCCUGUAUACUGCGCAGAGCAUAUCUAGCAAGUAGGAAUGAAAAUAGUUCUAAGAGUUUGGAAGAACCAACACAUGAAGCAUUAGAAAAGAAAGAAGAUGAUGCAAGCGGAGGAAUGGAAGAAACACUGACAUCAGAGAAAGAUCAGUCUCCAGCUGCUGCUGAGGAGAAAGAAAUCAUGCAACCUGAGUUUGCAGAGGAUGGUUUUCCAGAUACAGAAGAAAUGAAAACAAUUAAAAUGAAGAUUGACCUUUUCAUGAAUGAUUGGGAAAAUGUGGAAUCAGAAAUCAGGACGUCAUCUAAAGUUCAGGUGGUUGUUUUAGAGAUUGCUGAGCAAACACCAGAAAGUCUGCUUAAUCAAACUGUGCAAGUUAUGGAAAAACCUUUUAAAUAUUAUGGCUGGGAAUUAUCUGAUGAAGACUUAGGGGAGGAGGAACAAGAUCUGGCUGCUGAAGCGGAAAAUGAGGAAGUGGAAGAGGAAGGUGAAGAAGAGGAAGAGGAAGAAGGGGAAGAAGGGGAAGAAGAGGAAGAAGAUGAAGAAAAAAUUAAGCAAAAGAAAAGGCAUAUGGGAGACACAAAACACUUUUGUCCAGUCAGUCUGAAAGAGAACUUUGUCCUCUACCCUGGACUCCAGGAACAUGCAGUUAAAUAUAAAGAAAAGAUUUAUUACUUUUCAACUUCCGAGUACAGAGAUGAAUUUUUGAAGAACCCUGAGGAGUAUGUGGCUCACAAUGAACCACUACAAGCUCCUCCAUUACGGGUGUGUUUACUUGGGGUUCAUGGAGCUGGUAAAACUACUUGUGCACGAGAGAUAACAGAUAAAUUAGGCAUUUUCCAUAUUCAAUUUGAAGAAUAUCUACAGGAAUUGAUUUUACCCAAAACUAAAAGGAAAGUUGGGCCCUAUUUUGAUGAAGAUCAUGAAGAUGACAAUAAAAUACUAGAGGAACUGGAAGACUUCUCUCAGACCAUAACUAUAACUGAAACAGAAAAAACCAAACAGGAAGUGGAAUUAACUGAUGAGGAACGGGCAAUCAAAGCAAAUCUAAUGGGUAAUAGAGAGCUGCCUCCAGAAGUCCUUGACAAGAUUGUUCCUGACUGGUGGAAGAAAGAGCCAUUCCGGUCCACAGGCUUUAUACUGGAUGGCUUCCCCCGUACUUUAGAUGAAGCCAGCUAUUUGUCAGAACGAGGACUCUGUCCUGAUAUUGCUAUUUAUAUUCAAGUAGAAGAAGGUGACAUUCUUAAACGUCUUUUUCCUCCACGUCUGAAAAAAUGGAAAGAAAAACAGCUUAAAAAAAAGGAAUAUAAAAAGAAGCUGAAGGAACUAAAAGCAAAAAUAAGGAAUGAGAAGAUUGCCAGAAGAAGAGAAGAACUUUUAGCAGAGCAACAGAAAAAGAAGCAGGAGGCUUUAGCAGAUAAGGAUAAUGACGAAGCUACUGUGGAAGAGGAGGAUGAAGAUAUUGAAGCUAUACUUGCAGAAGAGUUUUUAGAAGAAGAAGAAGAGGAAGAACCAGAAGAAGAAGAAAAUGAAGAAGAUGCUGUUGAGCGCAUGCAAAAUGAGAUUUCAGAGAGGUUUGAAUCAGAAUUAGAAGGAUUACAAAGUGUGCAGGAAGAACUGGUUGAAAAGUUACAAAUACCGCCAGUUGAGAUCAAUGGAGGACGGAAGCCUCGUGUUGUGUGCUACCAAAUAUACAAAAAGCUGAAACCCCUAGUGGAAAACCGCAGGAGCAUUUUUGAGAAAUGUUACCCAAUAAGUUUGCCACUUGCACAGAAGAUGCUAGUUUACUCAUAUAAAUUACGAAGUUCUUUUGGUCAGUGGGAUCCAGUCAAGUUAAGCCAAGGAGAUGUGAUCAAGCCACAGCAAAGGGAUGAAAGCACAGUCUUUCCAGUAAUCCAUCGACAAUAUAUUUAUUUCUUUUCAAGUAAAGAAAAUAAAGAAACAUUUAUGACAAAUCCCAUCAAAUAUAUUUGUCAGCCAAAACCUAAGCAAUCUGUGCCAGUAAAGAUUGCAAUUGUGGGACUUCCAAAGUCUGGAAAGACUACAGUUGCCCAGAGACUUGCGAGUGUUUAUGGGUUCCUGCGCCUGUCCCUAGGAGAUGCCAUCCGCUUUGUGCUAAACAGCCAGCCAGAGAGCGAGCUGGCACUUAAGGUACAGUCCCACCUUCUCCAAGGACUCACCGUGCCUGAUGAAUUGGCCAUCCAGGCUCUCAAUGUGGCUCUGCUAAAUCACAUGGAUAAUCCCACUGGAGUUGUAAUGGAUGGAUAUCCUCUAACAAGAGCCCAUGUAAAUCUCUUGGAAUCAACUAGGAUAAUUCCAGUGAAAAUCUUUGAAUUAGAUAUGGAAACAAAGGAAGUGUUCAGAAGAGCGCUGCUGGAUAAGGAAAGAUCAAACCGGUAG